AUGGCGGCCAAGUCAAAGAAGCGGCUGUCUAAAAUUGAAAAUAAGUUGUUAAAAUUAGAAAAUUUAGAAUUAAAAGAUGUAUUUUGUUCGAUUUGUCAAUCUAUUUUAAUAGAACCAGUAACCUUGCCGUGUUUUCAUGAUUUUUGUCAACGUUGUUUCAAUGGUAGCAUAGAAAAUAAUGCUUUGUGUUGUCCUCUGUGUCGAUUGCGAAUUGGAUCCUGGCUAAGAACAGCAACAAAACAAAAGAAUUUGGUGAAUGUUGAACUUUGGAAUUUUAUUCAAUCGAAAUUUCCCCAUGAAAUUGAAAUCAAAACUAAAGGAGAAGACAUCCGUUUGCCAGAAGAGAUCCCCUUACCUAGGUUAAGUGAGCCUGGCGAAAUAAGGUCAGAAUAUGAGGCUGAAUUGAAACGCUUAAGAGCUGAACGAGUAAGAUUAGAGCAAAAACACAUACAGGAAACUGAAUUACUAAUCAAGAAAAUUCAAACCGAAGAAGAAGAAGCACAUAAAAAGUAUCUAGAAAAUUUAAAAAAAGAUGAAAUUUUAGCUCAACAAAUGCAACAAGAUCAUACUGAUCCUGUACCGCCACGAAACACACCUAGGAGACUCAAUUAUAGGGCCACUGCUGCUAAACCUAGACUGAAAUCUACCAAGAUAGAUAAUUAUUUAUCUAAACUACAAGUACCCACCACUAAAGAUAACCUUCAAAUAAAUAAUGAAUCCAAUGAUAAUGCAAGUUCUAACGGGUCAACCCCCAAAACUCCUAUAGUCAAACCCAUGAACGGAGCCUCACCAGAAAUGGUUCCCAGUUAUGGAAAAUUAAUUAAGAACUUUGUAGACAAAAAAAGUAAACUUGGCCCAGGUUUAUGGAAUAAAGAAAAUGGGGAAAAUAUCAAAGAAAAGAAAGACGAUCCAAAAGCCGGUGAUAAAGAACCAGGUAACACCAACACAGAAGAGAAGGUUAAAGUAAAAGGCUCUGUGCCUUCUUUGCUUGUCUCUUUGCCACUGCCAUAUACAGGAAUACUCCAACAUAAGAUUAAUAUAGCUGAAAAUAGAAAUGUUGAGACUGGAAGCGUUGACUCCAUGCGACAAGAGUUGUGCUAUUUCAAACCAAUUGAAUCAACAACUCCCACAAGUUUCAAUACAGGCAAGAGCCUACCUCUUCGAGUACCAGGACUUCGUAUAGAAAAAGAGUCAGUAUCAUCUAGUAAUGAACCAGUACCAACUCGGGUGCAAUAUUUAGAGGGACUUUGUCGCCUCAGAAACAUCUCUUUAGCUAAAAACUUACCAUCUGCAUUUGUUAUUGCCCUAAAUAUUCUCAAAGUUAAUAAGGAACACCCUGGGAAAUGCGAAACUACGAGAUCGAAAGUUAAGAAAACUGCAUCUACUAGUCCUUGUGUCGCCCCUUUACCAAUCAAGAAAAAUCCUAAUAGAAAUAAACAAACAAUACAUAUUGACGGCAUUAAUAAAUUAAAUAAUGAAAGCAAUCUUAGACGCACGCGGUCCAUGGGAAGCAUUUCGAAAGAUGAAAAUGAAACAACACCUAAGAAGGGCAAAAUAAAACAGAGGAAAGUAUCGUCUGAGAGGAAGCCAUACUUACGCAGUGAUUCCAAAAAGUCAAGUACCAAAAAAGAAUUACACAGUCCAUUAAUUUCCGAAUCAAUAAAUAACAAUAAGGUUAAUUUAGCUGUAAAAAAUUUGUCUAGUCCAUUAAAAAAUUGUGAUGUUAAGAAAAUAUUGGAAGAACAGCUUAGAAUUGAAAAAUUGAUUGAACAAGAAAAGAAUGAUUAUGAAUUUGCUCGAAAGAUGGAAGCAGAGUGGAAUGGCAGGAGAAAUCCACGACGGUCGAACAUCAAACGACAAGUGACUCUUAACUACGCUCUUAGACCCGCCAAGAAAUUAAAGAUGACUGUAUAUGCCAGUGCAGAUAAUAUUUGA